AUGAACUCUAGCGAAGCAGACGGCCCGGCAUGUCCCGUCGCCAUUCAUCCCUACGGCAUGUCGUCUGGAGCGUUGACGAUGAGUGGCAUCGGUUCCGGUGCGCUGCAGAUGGGUCCAAUCACGUCGACAGCUCUCGGCUCGACUGUUGGUUUGCCCACUGGCUUGGCCCUUGGAAAUAUUGAUAUUGCUAACUCAUGGUUUCCUGGCUAUCAUGAUAUUAGACCUAUUGAUCAUGGAAACUAUGACACUGAGAUUUCCUCCAUUAAUUACCCAGACAUUUCUUCUACGCAGAAGUAUGAGCCUCUUAAGUACGAUUACAACGAAGUAAGGACAAAGCCUUACGAGGAACAACGUUUGUACCAUAAGGAGCCAGUAAGAACAAUGAAGGAAGAAGAUGUGAAAUUCGAGCCACAAGAAGACCGAUGUGAUACAAGAGAUGGAGCGGCUCCUGCAAAACGUGGUCGACCCACGGAAAACCCUUGCUGGGGUUACUUCAUUCGACUUGACGACCAGAAUGUUCGCUGUCGAUUGUGCAACAAGGUAGUGAAAUCCGCAUGUGCUACCAAUAUGACAAAACAUCUCGAGCGCCAUCAUCAGCAAGACUAUCAGCAACUUAUCGUUCAAAUCAAGCAGUACAGGCAGCAGAAAGGCCCCGUAGCAAGCGGUUUAUCAGCAUCGGAGGUACAUCAAACAUCCUGCAUACUGUCUACAAAUCAAUAUGUGAAGACCGAGAACUACGCUCAGCAAUUAUAUACACAAUUCGAAAGAGAGGACAUGCUUAGAAACUGUUCCAGUUACGAUCGGAAUGAUCCAUCGCUGGCCUGGCAACGUGGACAGUGGAGUCAAUGGCCCUCGACGCAUGAUCCAUCUACUUCCGGCUUAGAAAUGGGAGUUCUGCACGGUUGCAUCAGUUCUUCGCCUAGUGGGUGGAAUACUGCCACACCCGGUACUUCAGCGGUUGUGGAGAAACCCUACAUGAAGAGGAACAGAAAAACAGAGCAUCCAGUUUGGGAGUACUUCAAGCGAACACCAGACGGAAAUGCGCAAUGUGGUAUCUGCACUGGAGUGGUGAAAAGUCCUUGCUCGUCCAACUUCAUGCGACAUCUGAUGCGACAUCAUUCCGCAGAGUACAAUGACGUCUACGUGAAAUGGGUGCAAAAGAGGGGACCCAACAAGUAAUGCGAGCGAUAUUCGCAGAUGUAUCUACAUAAACUAACCAAUAAUGCAAUGCAAUGCAAACACGUGCAUCUUUUUGCGUGCGAUUAAACUACAC